CCAAAGCGGCGGAAGCGGAAGCAAAAGCCGCAGCCUUUCCGCUUUCCGCUCGCGCCGCACCCGCACUCGCAUUCCCACAAUCCCACCACGCCCGUCUCCGUCCUGUGACAUGCCACUCGCCCGCGCCGCCGGCAUCCCCCCUCCUCGUCGUUCCGCGCCCGAGGAGGAGGAGGAGGAGGAGGAGACGGCGGUGGCAGCGGCGGCGGGACCGAGAUCGUCGCGCCAUGGCCGCGCCUAGGCAGGGCCGGGAACAGGAGCGGGAUGACCCCGCCAUCAAGCUAUUCGGCCGCACCAUCCCGCUCCAUCUCCAGCCCUCCGCCGCCGCCGCCGCCGAAGAGGAGGAGGAGGUUAUGACCAAGUUAGCAGAUGAUGUAAAAAACAAUGAUGACAUACCAUUAGUCCCGGACAAGCCUUUGAUUGUGGAGGAUAUUCCUUUUUGUUCCAACGGUAGCAAGAAGAAUGAUUUACAUGCUAUCGGCAGACAGGAUGGAAGAAUGGAAACUAACUCCAGAACUGAGGAUGUUAAGACUGAGCCUGAUGGAUCUGUACCUGAGAAGAUACUCAAGAAGCCAGAUAAGAUUCUGCUGUGUCCUCGCUGCAAUAGCAUGGAAACAAAGUUCUGCUACUUCAACAAUUACAAUGUGCACCAGCCCAGGCACUUCUGCAGGAACUGCCAGAGAUAUUGGACUGCCGGUGGGGCUAUGAGGAAUGUCCCUGUUGGUGCUGGAAGGCGCAGAAAUAAGCAUGCAUCACACUACCGCCAAACUAUGAUGCCAUGUAGUAAUAUCAUAGCUACUGGAGAUGUUUCUGAUGUUGUUCACCAUCAGGCUAUUACACUUGAAUCUUCUGUUCCCCAAGGCACACUAAAGGAAAAUGAAGCAACUACAAAGUUUGGAUCAGAAGUAUCGGUUUGCAAGUCUUCAGCUUCAAUCCUUGAUACCAGAGAACCGAAUAACAAUGACCUUGUUCCCUUGACCUCUGGUGAUAACAAGGAAGAAAAAUCAUGUGCAUCUUCUGUAGCAGUAUCAGAGAACCUGAUGCCAGAUAAUGUAAUUACAAAAGAGCCAAACAACAGGUCAGGAUGCUGCAAUGGUGUUGCAUUGCCGUACCCUGCCGGGCCUUCUUUGGUGCUUCCCUGGAGUCUUGGAUGGAACAGUGUUGCUGUCAUGGCAGCUACUCACCAGUCAACGCAGCCCGUUCUGGGGCUAGAAGAUAGGAUACCCUGCCCAGCUUCAUGGCCACUGCUACCAAUAGCGCCAGCUCCAGGGAUUUGUGCACCUGUUGUUCCAAUUCCUCUUGUGCCGCCUUUAUGGAGCUGCUUCCCUGGCUGGCCUAAUGGAAUUUGGAAUUCACAAUGUCCUGGAAGUAACAGUACCACAGUGUCGUCAACUCCUCCAAACAAAAUUUCUUGUUCAGCAAACAAUUCUCUAGCAUUGGGAAAGCAUUCAAGAGAAGAAAGCUUACAGGAAGAGGAGAAGACGAGAAAUAACUUAUGGGUCCCUAAAACUCUUAGGAUUGAUGACCCAGCUGAGGCUGCAAAGAGUUCAAUCUGGGCAACCCUCGGCAUCAAGCCUGACGAUAAAGGCAUAUUCAAGUCUUUCCAGUCAAAUGUUCCAAAGAAUGGCACGGCACCAGAAUCGCCUCAGGCCCUGCAGGCCAAUCCAGCGGCACUUUCCCGUUCUCAGUCGUUUCAAGAGACGACUUGAGAGGAACUUCCUGUUUGGUUUCUAACAUAAGGAUCAUACUGGUGCUGCCACAGAAUGAAUCGUUGUGUUUCAAUCCAGUGUUGUCUUGAGCUCAUAGGUUGCUAUAGCCAGCUCAAAUCUGGUAGAGUUGCCAGUGCUGAACUUGAUUCUGUGCUCGUCUCUACUAUGCCGCUCAGAAGUGUUUCAGGGAGAGAAUGGUGAGCUUCUGCCCUGGAGCUCAAAACGCCUCCUUCUGAAAGCGCAAGUCGAUAGCUGUUUCUGUGGAGGUGAAAUUAGAAGAACAAACAUGAAACCCUCUUGUUUUCUUUUUCUUUCUUUUAUUUUUUAGAUUGUAUUUUGUUGUCUGUAUAUAGCUUCUCAAGGCCAUGUGAUGGUUGCUAUGUUAACCUGCAGCAAAAGCAUAAUUUUGUGACUGGAUGGGAUCAACUCUUUAGAAGAGAAGCAAAUGAGCUUGCUUAUCUCAUUUGCAGUAAUGAAAUUUAAACCAAACUAUAACACAUGUCAAUGAUCAAA